AGCAGUGGGAGUGGCUGUGCCUGCUGGAUCCAGGCCUGUUAUAAAGGCAAGAGGUGCUGCCACAUUAAAGCAGCCACCACACUCAUCCUAGUUCUUUGAGGUGCCCAGGAGAGAGCAGCCAGGACUUUGCUCAGUGAAACCAAGAGACUAUCAGUAUGUCGGGGAAGCCAGUGCUUCACUAUUUCAAUAUCCAGGGUAGGAUGGAGUCCAUCCGAUGGCUCUUGGCUGCAGCGGGAGUAGAGUUUGAAGAGAAUUUGCUAAUGGGUCAAGAAGAUUUGGAAAAGUUAAGAAAUGAUGGUCUUCUGAUGUUCCAGCAAGUACCCAUGGUGGAGAUGGAUGGGAUGAAGAUGGUGCAGUCUAGAGCCAUUCUCAACUACAUCGCCACCAAAUACAACCUCUAUGGGAAAGACAUGAAGGAGAGACUCCUCAUUGAUAUGUAUACAGAAGGAAUGGCAGAUUUAUUCGAACUGUUCAUAAAACUGAUGUCAAGUCCCACGGAGCAGAGAGAUGCUGCAAAAUCAUUGAUUAAAGACAGAGCAAAGAAUCGUUUCUUCCCUGCCUUCGAAAAAGUAUUGAAGAGCCAUGGACAAGACUAUCUUGUUGGCAACAAGCUGAGCAAGGCCGAUAUUCUCCUGACUGAACUUUUGUACAUGGUUGAAGAGUUUGAUGCCAGUCUUUUGACCAGCUUCACCCUGCUGCAGGCUCUAAAAACCAGAGUCAGUAACCUGCCUAAUGUGAAGAAGUUUCUGCAGCCUGGAAGCCAGAGGAAGCCUUAUAGUACAAAAAUAUACUAAGAAAUGAAAAAGAGGUUCAAGUUUUAAUAUAGGUGGUAAUGAUCAAGUCAUGUAUAUUAAACUUCUAAAUAUAUAGCAAUAAAAUUUUUGUGUAUAUAUAGACCUCUGUCAUUUCUAGAUUGUAUAUCACAAUGCAAUAACAAAAUUUCUUUAAGAAGACUUAACAUUUAUUUUCUCAAUUAGGUUUGGAUGUGUAACUGAAUUUCUAAUUUCCUUUUUUUUCCUGGUCUUUUUGAGACAGGUUUCACUAUGCAUUUCAGGCUGGUCUUGAACUCACUUUGUAGCUCAAAUUCACUUUGUGGCCUCAAAUUCACAGUGAUCCUUCUGCUUCACUGAGUACUCGGGUUAUAGGUGUGUGUUAUUACACCUGGCUCUAAUGUCCUUUUAUAGGGAGUAAAAAUUUAAUUAAAAAUUCUAAUUUUCUUAGUUUCCAAGAAUUAUCCAAAAACAUCUGUCACACAGUCUAUCAAAGAGAGUUUACAAAUUUGCAUUUUAAAAUGUCACAAGUACAUAGAAAAUGCUUGUUACUUGAUGUAGCAUAGCCGAGUUUUCCAGCAGAAAUAAUUUACUAUAGACCUCUAUUCAGUUCAUGAAAUCCUCACAGUCUCUUAGAUAUAGGGGUUGAAAAAUGAAUUAGGAUAUGAUAUGUAACGUACGUGUAACAAUUUCCCACAAGGAAAGUAAACAUUAUGUACUACACACAUGUACUAAGAACAUAUAAAUAAAUAAAUAUAGUGGUAUUUUGGUUCAUGAA